AUGAAGAUUUCGAACAGACACGAGGGACUUUCAGGAUUUGUUGAUGUGCGUGACUUGGAUUACGCCUGGUAUAAGAUCUGGAAGUCGUUGCGCGCGGAUCUUCGGGUCCUGCGUGAACAGUUCCACGCGACAGUGUUGACGCUAGGCGAGGGUGGCACUUACACUUUAUGA